AUGCCGCUCAGGCUCAUAUCAGAUAAAAUUUUCCAUCCAACCACACCUACCGACAACACAGCAAAACUGGAAGAUGUCCUCCCAGCCUCAUUCAGAGACGAAUCAGACAACAAACUGUUCGUGCAUACCCCACUAAGCGAAAUCUCCAAAUUUCUCCAUCAGGACCUCUCAGUCAAGCGCCUGAAUGACAUCCACGACCUCCUAUGGCUAGCAGGGCGGCCAAUGCCGCCCCGACCAUUAAACUACCAGAUGUCGUUAUCGCGCGAGAUAAUCCUCGACGAAAAGACCGACAUGCACCUAGUCUGGGGGCCAAGUCGACGCAUUCACAUCAAACCACUACCUCAAUACCUACUAGAUGCUCGAUUCUGGUCUGAGCAUCUAGUCUGCGAAGAUGAGUGUCCCCCGUCCAGCCGACUGGGACAGGGACAAGAGUCCCAGUCACAGCCAGCCAACAAACCCCCCAACAACACGGCGUCAUAUUCAGGGGCUGUCAAAGUUGCCACCUGUGAAAAAUGCCACCUCACAAAAUGCGCCUUUGGCUUCCUAAGCUCCUACAUAGCCCUAGUCCAACACCCAAGCGACUUCGCCAUAGCCAAGUCGAACAACCUUCUCCCAGAAUUCCUAACCUGGUCCGCCUGGCGAAGCCUAGUCCAAAACCUACUUGCAAACGAAAGCACAGACCCCAGCAAAAUAAACAAGCGCUACAUAUUCGGUGAACUGCGCCUGUCACGCUUGAACAAGAUCUACGCCGUCGGGGGUGGCUUCCUCCUCCGCGGGUAUCAAUCCAAGUACCAGACCUAUGGCGAGUUAUUCAAAGAUUAUCUGACGCCUAUUACUGCCAUGACGGUGUACAUUGCGCUCGUGUUGACAGCGAUGCAAGUUGGACUGGGGACCGACCGGUUGGCGCAUAAUCAGGCGUUUCAAAAUGCUUCGUAUGGGUUUACCGUGUUUUCUAUUUUGGGGCCUAUUGUGCUGGUGUUUCUUGUGCUUUUGGUUGCUCUGGCUUAUGUUGCGACAAAUUCGUUGGUGACUAUUGCUUUUAGAAAGAAGCGGUUCAAUGAACUUGAAGGGAGCAAGUCUGGGAGGGUGUAG